CACAGUAUGAUACUUACCACAGUUACUUACUUUAUGCAACGUAGCCACAUCCACAAUUUGUUUAUUUUUCAACGUGUUCAUAUCUAUAUUUACUAAUAUUUGAAAUACUGAUUGAUGAAAACUACUUUUUUCUAUUGUCUUCAUAGCAAGGUAAACGAGUGCUAAUGCACCUGCUGCACUAUUGCAAUGCAAAGUGCAUGGUGCAUUCGUGUAUCUACGCUCUUAUAAGUGACAGGUGCGUUUCGUUACUACAUGUGGACUGUGGAAAACCCAUUACGAUAUUGAGAUAUAAUCGAAUUUGAAUUUAUAAAAGGUUAACAUGUGCGGUAUCUGGGCAACGUUUGGAGUGGACGGAGUUCUAAGUUUCACAUAUGUGAAAUGUUUUUCAAAGAUCCGCCACCGCGGGCCGGACGCGUGGCGAAUCGAGCAGGACGCCCGCGAGCCGCUCAUCAUCCUCGGCUUCCAGCGGCUGUCCAUCGUGGACGGGCUGCACGGCAUGCAGCCCAUGCGCUUACACUGCUACCCGCGCACAACACUCAUCUGCAACGGUGAGAUCUACAACUGCAAGAGACUUCAGGAGCAGCACGACUUCCCGUACGAAACUAAAUGUGAUGUAGAAGCCAUCAUUCAUAUGUGUCAUCGGUUUGGUAUUGAGGAAACUGUGAAGAAUCUCGACGGCGUGUUCGCGUUCUGCCUCGUUGAUGGUGAGAAAAGGAAAGUGUAUGUAGCCCGUGACCCAUAUGGUGUUCGGCCUCUGUUUAUAUUCCAAGAUACAGAGGCACAAGUGAUGGGCCUGUGCUCUGAAGGUAAAGGUCUGAUGGGUAUGAAACAAAACGGCGGUGAAAACUCCACAUUAGGACAGUUCCCCCCAGGUCAUUUCCAAGUAUAUUCUAUAUUGGAGAAUGGUAAGGUAAAACUUGAUUAUACUAAACAAUAUUUCACUCCAGGAAAACCUCCACAAUUUGUACCUUUUGUUCCGGAAGAUAAGCUGGCUAAAAUGGACUUGAAUGAAAAAAUUGCUCACCUUUUAGAGGCUGCGUGCCGUAAACGUCUCAUGUCAGAUCGUAGGAUUGGAUGCCUAUUGAGUGGGGGCUUAGAUUCGUCACUGAUUACUGCUUUAGUAGUCAAACUUGCCAAAGAAUGCAACUUACCUUAUAAAAUACAAACAUUUGCCAUCGGCAUGGGGGAUUCCCCUGAUCUGAUUGCUGCUCGGGCCGUAGCAGACUACCUUGGCACUGAGCACCAUGAAGUUAAAUUUGAUGAAAAUGAUGUCAGAGAAUCAUUGGACAAUGUGAUUUAUCAUUUAGAAUCAUUUGAUAUUACCACAAUUCGAGCAAGUUUAGGCAUGUACCUAUUAUCCAAGUACAUAAAAGAAAACACAGAUACCACGGUGGUAUUUAGCGGGGAGGGGGCUGAUGAGGUGGCACAGGGAUAUAUCUACUUCAGAGAUGCACCAUCUGAGACUGCAGCUCACAAGGAGAGUAUACGGUUGCUCUCAGACAUAUACAUGUAUGAUGGGUUACGAGCAGACCGAACCACAAGUGCCUUCAGCUUGGAGCUUCGAGUGCCAUUCCUAGACAUUCAGUUCACUCAUCAUUAUCUCUCCAUAGACCCGAAAUUACGCCAACCUCAAAAUGGUGUAGAAAAGCAUUUGCUACGUAACAGCUUUGCCAAAAGUGGGCUGUUGCCAGACUCAAUUUUGUGGAGACAUAAGGAGGCAUUUAGUGAUGGUGUUGCAUCACUAAAGAAAUCGUUGUUUACAACUAUUGGAGAAGUUAUAGCAGAGAGGUCGAUUGAUGAGGAUGCACAGUACCCAGGAGUCCAACCCAAAACCACCGAGGCCAAAUAUUACCGCUCCAUAUUUGAAAAGUCUUUUCCACGCCAACAUAACUUCAUACCAUAUUACUGGAUGCCAAAGUGGGUACAAGUUUCAGAUCCAUCAGCCAGGUUUAUAACACAUUAUGCAGCAAAAUAAAACAAAAUUCCAAAUUUCACUUGAGAAAAAUUACAGUUAACCUUUGUGCCUCUUAAAUAGCAAAAUAUACCAAUUUAUAUUGCCGGCUUCCAAGCUAAGAAAGACAAGAUAUCCACAUGAAUCUCAUUCAGAUCAGGCAACUGUAAGGUUCCUAAUUGACAUAGAUCUUGAUUCAUGACAUGAUGCAGAAUGAGUAUUAGGAUUCCUAAAUUAGUAUUAAAUAAUAUUUAUUGAUCAUUCAUUAAUUCUCACAAAAUCGACACAUACAUAUCUAACACAAUACCAUGAUAUGAGACAAUUGUUUAUCCUCAGUAUAUGACAUGAACAUUAUUAUUGGACGAAUACAUCGGUUAAUAAUAAAUACCCCCUGGUCCCUGAUCAGUAAUAAUUAUGUUUUGCCAUUGCGCAAAACAGGUGUGCGCCCAGAUCAUGUGUGUAUAACAAGCGAUAGUCACGCGUAGCAUAAUUUAUUCAGUUGAAACGCGCGAUAGCAUAGCUAUAGCUUCAAUGGGGUCUUUCCCCUAGAACUUCGAGCAGACUGAUUCAGAUUACGGAGACUAAAUUCGAUGAUGUAUUAAGUUCUUAACCUGCAGGUUUAUAAAAUUCAAUUACUUUCUGGAUUGUGCUGUUUUUUUUUUAAAUUUCUAACUGUUAUUUGAUUUUUUAUAUUAGUGUCUGCAUUCUAAAACAAGGACAUAAGGUGGAGUUAGACUUUUUCGUUGCCAUGCCAUCAGAGGCUGAUGAUACUCUGUAUCAAUUGUAUCCAUUAAACAACUGACGCCUUAAAUAAUUGGCCAGAUUUGGUUAUGAAUUGCUUCGCAAUAACCACCACUACAGACUGGCGGAAAACUGGUCAACCAUGUUAGAAAAUAUUUCUAUCAAUGAUUGCUAAUGAUUGUGAAAUACUUACUUUAUAUAAUACAAAUAUAGUAAGAUUGUAUUUAAAAUAGAAUGCAAGAGCCAAAAACAAUUGUAUUUUUGGCAUCAGUGGUAACACGAAGCUAUUUGUGAAUUUUCAACAUAUUCUUAGUAAUAUGUGAACUUAGCUGUCUUAGUUGUGUGGGCUGUAAAAUGUAAUAUGUUUUGUUGAUGUUCAAAUAAAUAAAAUUUAACUGCCCAGUGAGCUGUACCAGUUGCAAACAUCAUACCGGCCGUAAAGAUUGGUGACAAUUGUACACAAACAACCGUUUGGUCUUAGGAUUCUUUAGGAAAAUGUUUGCAUUUCAAUAUUUAUCUUAUAAGCUACAUUUCUAAUAUAUAAGUUUGUUUUUGUUUGCUUUAUUGUUCUAAAUUAUUCUGUUUUACUAACAAUAUUUAAUCUCUUAUGUCAACGAUAUUACUUACGUGUGUAUAAAAUAUUUAUUAACAAAAUACAACCGGCAAUAAUUAAAAGUAUUACUUCAAAAAUAGCGAGUUCAUGGAACUGUAUAUUUAUAAUGUUGCUUUUGUUGAAAUGUUAACUUUGGAAGUAUUUUUAUUAUUGUUAUGCGAUUAAAGGAAUACGAUACGUCUCGCGUCGCGCGACGAACGCAUGCGCAUGUGAAAGAUCCUUGAUGUUAUACCAAAAAGGACUUUUUAUUAGAUAUAAUAAUUACAUCGUUAAUCAUAUUUAGCGAUGUGCUUUGUUACUCGAAUAGUAUUUAUAUUUCCCGCCUCAAUUUCUAUAUACAUACUGGUUCAGGAAAACAGGUUUUGUGAUCUCAAAGCUCAACAAAUCUCAGCCGUAUUCCAAUAUACUCAAAAGUGUUUUAAAAUUAUGUUAUUUUUGUUUGUUAAUGGUUGCGUUUUUGGUUAUGGGUUUUUGGUAAUAUAGUUAUUAGACUUGGAGAAGAGUAAUGCGUGAGUAUCACAAAAAAUUAUAACAAUGUCAGAUUUAUAUAUUUUUAAUACCAGUUGAAAAUAGCAUGUAUUAACAUUUGCGUAUACAUCCUUCCCAAAACUCAGUCGCUAAUGGUGAAAUUUUCUUGUUUCGUAGAUGUGUCCUUGCAGUAUGUCUCAAAAGUGGCAAUAUGAUAUUUUUACCUACCAAAUAGACAUUUUAUUGUCGUUUUUAUUCUAAAAUCAAUCUACACUACUUUGCUUGUACUACACUUAUGUAUACCUUAUUGACAUUUUUCGAAAUAAAUUUGAGUUUGAAUA